AUGGACGCCUUAGGAAGCUCCUCACGAGCAGGGGUGGAGGGGGGGGGGCAGCAACAGAGUUUCCUUCGCGUGUCCAAGCGGCUCAGGCGCGGUGCUGGUGAUACUGCGGCUGCUGCAGCGGAUCCCCAUACCAGCCCUCGUCGCUUUCCCCGUGUCUUGGGUCGUACGGGCAAGAGUCAGCGUGCAGCAGCAACGCCAGGCCUUCCCCCAGGCAACACGGCAGCUGCUGGCGCAAACAGCGCGCAUACAGCUGCAGUGGAAGGCGCCGCUGUGGCUCUGGAGGAGGCGGCCCCUCAAACAACCGCGAAAGCCGUUGCUGCUCCCGACGCACAGCGAGCCAGUAAGACUCAGCCUCUCGUGAAGGCCACCCAAGGCGUCAGACACCCGGUGCAGUCAGAGAUGGAGGCAGCAGCAGCGUCGGGAGCUGAGCCGCAGCAGGAUUCUCGCUUCUCCCGAAGGGCAGUUGCGAGUGGAGGGCCAUGCGGUGAAAGGGGCCCUAGGGGGCCCCCCCAGAAUUCAGGGGAUCUGGAGAGUCCUGACUCCUCCCCAGCUGCCAAUCUACACUAUAACCCCUCCGCUUCAACAAAAACCUCAUGGCACACUAUCUUCAGGUCCAUCUUCCCUUCUCGGAAAAGUGCGUCCAAACAGCACCAAUAUCUGCAACAGCAGCAGCGAGAGCAGCAGCAGGAGCAGCAGCAGGAGCUGGAGCAUCAGCUGGAGCAGAACCAGCAGGAGCAGCACCAGUCGUGCAGAGCCAUGCUGAGUGACUCCAAACACCCACCUUCAGGCCCUCCAGAGCCUGUGUUUGAAGGAAACGCGGCAAGCCCCUGUGGGCGUACAUCAGAAGAAGCGCUAGCGGCAGCUUGCUGCCACAACAGCAGCGACAGCUGCCGCUUAUGUGAAGGCGUUCCUGCGCGUGAGAUCGACGCAGCCGGCAAUAUCGAAAAGCUUCACAGCCCCAUGGGCUCUGCCACAUCCACAAGGCGGUUUCGAAGAUUCCAUAAACACUCCGAAGAGUCGCCAAAAAAAGAUGCAGGACUUGUUCAUCAAAGCCAAGAGCCGCCGCAAUACAGAUGUCAACAGAACGCUUCUUCUCCGGCCGAUACGCAGCCAAACGAUGCCCAUGAGCCGCCUGCACGAUCAACGCAGGACCUCGAGCAGCAGCAGCAGCAAGAGCAACAGCACUCCAAGCCAUCCAGUAGUGAGCGGAGGCGCCUCCCUACGGAGUCAGCCUCCUUUGUCGCGCUGUCCACUAGCAGCAACAGCACGUCGAGCAAGCAGAGAGAGACGGGGAGCCAAAGGCCACGGGAGAAGACGCAAGCCGAGGCUCACCUUCUAUGGGAAGAAGCCACGAUUAGACAUCCUGAGCAGCACCCACGGUAUGGUGGCAAAGAAGCUAGCACGCUACUGCCCGAGGCUUCUCCUCCUUUUCUGCCUUACGGACACCCAGAGCACGAAGCGCCACAAAAUGGCGAGCCGCAUGAGCACCAGCCCAAGCAGACGCAACAAGACUGGAGACCUCCAGAAAGUCAGCAGCAGCCAGUGCACUCUCCUCGAAUCUCUAUGCUGGAAAGACAAGUGUGUCUCGUGAAACGCCAUCGAACGUGUCACGAGCAGCGCCGCGACCAGGCCCAGCAACCGCAGCAGGUGCGGGAAAAGCAACAGAGGACAAGCCGCCGAAUUUCGGGAGAGCAAGAGAAGCCCUUUGCAGAGGCCUUAGCACGAGAUCUAGUGCAAGAGCAGCAGCAGCAACAACAGCACCUGGAUCCGCAGCAGGAGCCCGACCAACAACGAGAGCUGGGCAAGCUGAAGCUCCUGCCGGCAGUUGGACAGAGCAGUCGCUCUGUGACGCUGCAUGGCAGCACGCAUUCCUCCCCGCGCAUGUCGCUCAUAGAGCGGCAGUCCCAGCUUAUCGCUCGACAAAAGCAAGAGCAAAAGCAGCGACAGCUGAAUAAACCACAUCCGAGCUGCCAAGGGAGCCAAAGCGGCAGUCCAAGAACCUCCCGUCCUCUCCUGCCCGCCUUCCCGCAACAGAGGCAGCAGCAACUCAGAGGUCCAUCUACCCUUCCGGGGUCGCCGUCGCAGGAUCGUGUGUCUCUCAUAGAGCGACAAGCAUUCCUGUUGCAACGGCAGAAGGAGGAGCGGCAAGCUCAGCAACAGCGCAAGCGGGAGCAACACCUGUUGCAGCAACAAAAGCAGUUUCUACAGCAGAUCCAGCAUCGACAUGCACUGCAGCAAUACGCGUUGCGCAGGCGCAGCAACUCCUACCUCGUGCUCGCCCAAACCUCGGCAGCAGCCAUUAAAAGGGCAAGUGAGGCAGGUGCUGCGGCAAUCAGAGCAGCAAAGGAUGCUGCUGCCGCAUCGCAUAAUUUUCUGGGUGCUCUUCUUCUCCCCAGUAGCAACAGUACCAUUAGUGCCAAAGCAGUGCUCGCGACAGCAGCCUCGGCCUCAAACAAAGACCCCGCAGCUUUUGCCCACCAGGAUGUCACAGCUGAGGGCAUCGUUGGAGUGCGCACCGCCACAUAUCCAGGAGCUGCACUUGCAGACGAGGAUACAUACCGCACUCCAGUCCUCAGCACCUCCUCUACUCCCGAAGAAAACUGCAGGUUGGACCCAACACGCAGUGACAGUUCUCCGGCGCUGAUAGCUACAGAGUCACAGCCCGAGAGGAGAAGUCUCAAUGACGCAGCAGCAGCACGAGCAACAGAACAAGCUCAGCAUUGUCGAACUGCACUGCGGGCAGCAACACCCCUCUCAGGGGAAAUCGCUGCAACAGAGCUACCACGACGGACAGGCAAGGCAGUGGCAUCAGCAGCAGCAAGGCUCCUCGGCGGGGGCAGCUUUUGCCGCGAGGAAGGCAGCAUAUACUUCGGAAAGCGUCGAAGCAGUUGCAGAAGCUACCCCGACGAUGGCGGCACACACUUCACUGGCUGCUGCUGCUCCGACAAAAGUGCAGCAACAAGGCGCCAAGCUGCACACCGCAACUGCCAACGGUUAGCAGGCAUCGCCACUGCACCUUCACACCCGCACAGAAGGUGGCAAUGGCAGCUACAGACACACAACAGAUACAGCACCGUCAGCAGAAGAUUGAGCGCAAACUCCUACCUGCAGGGGUUCUCUCGUGGAGUGCAUAGAAAUCCCCGUGCUGCGCAAAGACUUGUGGACUCCGGGGGUUAUUCUCGGUGGACAGGUGAUCCGACACCGCAUUCAGCAGCAGCAGCAGUGCAAACCGUAGACACAAGCGGUGCAUCGUAUUCCAGCGAAAAGCCUGCCCUCGAGCUUGCAGACUCUGCUGGAUCCGUAAGGGUGGUGCCUGUUGAGGAUAAGACAGCAGCGCCAAAUGGAGUUGCAGAAGACAUCGAAAAAGCAGCUGCUCACUCCAGAGGGGCAGGUGCAGAAAACGCUGCGGGAGCCACAACAGGGGAGGCAACACCAUCUUUUACCAUCACCCAGGUUUCGCCCUCCCCAAAGGCACUUGCUCCAGCAGAAACAACAGCAGAUUCAGCUUCGGCAACAGCCAGCAGACCAGAGCCUAGAGCAGCCUCAUUUGCAAGAGGAGCAGUGGUGCUCACCCCUGCAGCAGGAAGAGGGGACACCCUGCAGGACGGCUGCUGCAGCCCCCCUCCCAGUGUCCGCUCAAACCGGCUCGAGUGUAGCGACACCUCAGAAAAAGCCCCCACGGGAUCGGCUCAAGCACCAUCUGCAGCUAAAGAAGGCGCAUCGCAGCUCAGCGGCUUCUUCCCCUCCAUCGCUCUGGCUACCCAGCCGUCGCGUUCUUGGCAAACUGCAGCAGCUCCAACCACCUCCACCUCCACUGCUGCUGCUGCCACAGCUGGAAACAAAAGCGCAGGGCACAGCUCUGGCCGCUUGAGACCCCUUUCCCAGAGGGGUCGCUGCUGCCAGCGAAACGAAGGGCGAAGGCGGCAGCAGAGGCAGCAGCGGCACGAUGCGAGCAAGGUGAAGCAGUUGUGGGUAGCCGAGCAGCAGCAGCGGCAGCAUGCAUCCCUCUUGCAGCAGCAGGUGAGACAGCUGCACCGGCAGGUGCGACGACUGCUGCGGCAGCACGAGGGGGAGCAGCAGCUUUUGCUGCAGCAGAUGCAAGGAGGGAAAGAGCAGGAACAACGCCUGGAAGGGCUUAGAGUGCAACAGGAGCAGCUGCUGCAGCAGUUGCUCGUUCAGGAUGCAAACGUGAGGGUGGCCCUGCAAACGCUGCAGUAUCUACAGGCGGAAGCGGUAGAAAGUCGCGUUCCAAGGCAGCAAGACAUCGCUAUGGCACCGCGCAAGCAACGGCAGAUGCUGCAGCAGCUCACGUCGCAACUGUGGAAGGAGCAGCAGCUACUGCAACGGAGUCGCGAGGCAUAUGAGCACGAGUUGCUGAAGCUGCGGCUGGAAGCUCAUCUGCCGAGGCAGAAGCACACUUUAGGGCACCAGCACACCCAAGAAGGAGCUGGGAUGCAGCAGAGACUAAGACGUUUGCUGCAGAGUAUCGGGCUUUUGGGGGGUGCUGAGGAGACACCUGCAGCAGCAACAACACUUUGUGCGACAGCAACAAGCGCGUCAGUCGAAGCAGCAGGAAGAGGUGUGGCACCAGAUGCACGGGCAGAGACUGCACCAUCCAGAAUUUAG